UGCCGCCUUCGCCGUUGCUGGGAGGUGACGCCAUGACCCCUCCCACAAGCAGGGCAUCUGUCUGGUUGUGAUGGAAACGGCGUUGAGGCCCUGACCUCCGACCCUGGGGCUGCCCGGAGAGGGACGAGGGUUCCCUCUGGCGCUGCCACUCCAGAGAUGUCACUUUCCACAGAGGAUACGGCAGAAUCCCACUGGGAUGAGAAAUCGGGUGGACACUGUGACACCACCCCAGAAUCGUUGGUGGACAGUUCAGACACCCACUUGGCACCUGAGGACUCCCCACCAACCCCGUGUCCUGAUUGUGGGAGAACUUUUCAAACGCUCCGUGCAAGCAAGCUGCACCAGCGCAAUCAUGUUGUUGAUCUCUCCUAUACCUGCAAGGACUGUGACCUGGCCCGUGCUGAAGCUACAGAGGGGAGCGAGAAGCCCUACUCCUGCUCUGACUGUGGCCGCCGCUUCUGCUGGUUGUUGGCCUUACACAGUCACCAUGAGCAGCACACUGGCCAGCGUAGCUACCAGUGCUCACAAUGUGACAAGCAACUUAACAGCCUGCCAGCCUUCCGUAGACACCAGCAGGCCCAUCACAAGGAUAGGGUUUGUGUCUGGUGCGGGAAAGCUUUCAACUGCUCAACCAAACUGUCCCGGCAUAUGCGCAUCCACACUGGUGAGAGACCAUACCAAUGCCCAGAGUGCCCACAAGCCUUCACACAGCUAGAGACCCUUCGUGUCCAUCAGUGGGUACAUGAGGAUCCCAAACCAUACCAGUGUCAAGAUUGUGGGCGCCAGUUUCGGGCCCAGGCCACCUUUGAUAAGCACCAGAACUUGCACAUUGCUCGGAAGCCUCAGAUUUGUCCCAUGUGCGGUAAGACUUUCUUUUUCUCCUCCCGCUAUAAGCGCCACCUACGCAUCCACACUGGGGAGAGGCCCUUCCAGUGCCAACAGUGUGGCAAGAGGUUUAACCAGCGGUCCAAUUACCAGCGGCAUAGGGCCAUCCAUGCCGGCAACAGACCUUUCCCGUGUAGCCUUUGUGACAAAAGCUUCAGCCAAGCCUCCAACUACCGGCGGCAUCUACAGACCCACCGGCAAGAGGGGGACAGGUGGGAGCAAAAGGGAGACUAUAAAUGCAUUGAGUGUGGUGUCUACUUCACCCAGGAAGGUGGUCUACACGCGCACUAUAUACAACAUGCCCGGGGGGAGCUAUGAGCUCCAUCCUCACAGUUGUCUAAAGAAAGUCCAUCCCUCUUCCUCUGGUUUCCACACUAUAUUUCCAAAGAGACAUGCUUGGGUCUGUUUGAGAUGCCUUCAGCUACUGGACAUUGUGUAGGAAUUAGGUUAUUGCAGACUUCCUGCCCCUAACAGGUUAUAUUUAACUGUGACAUACCUUCUAAGCUCAGACAGUGCUGCCACUAGCUCAUCUGAACUCAAGCAGGGAUUUGCUUGAAACUUGUUAGCUACCCAAAUAAUAUUUAUUUUAGGACUGGCUGAAAGCACUUACUGUCCCCACUCUAUGGACUCUUUUGUACAGUAUAAAGUUGUUACACCGCACUAGUUUUGUGACCAUAGAGAUCACAUUUAUUCCAGUCACUAGGGGGAGCUAUUGUGACUCCUUUCCAACUGUGUCCAAUGUAGUUGGGCGAAGGAGGGGGGUGGGGCAAGUGGUUUAUUUAAAUAAAUAGUUGGUAUCAGACGUGGCUCUCAGAGGAACAGGAUUUACUAAAGUGGCACUACCAUCCGUGCCUACACUGCACUUGCUCUUAAUAAAGAGGUAGCACAUUAUUAUAUAUUAAGAUUUAAUUUGCACUGCUAUGACAUAUUGUUCAUAAUUAAUGUAUUUAUUUCUAAGUUGCAGGACAUAUUAUACAAAAUAAAGUUAAAGUGCACUGUUGUGUUCAUUUAAGACAACAUAA